UCCAACAUGGGAUUUCUAUACAGUCAAUUCUUCAUAACUCCUCCCUACCCCAAAGGCAAUUUCUCGGGGAAAACUGUCGUGAUUACAGGCAGUAAUGUUGGCUUGGGUAAAGAAGCAGCCAGGCAUUAUGCGCGCUUGGGUGCAUCGAGACUCGUUCUUGCGGUGCGCAGCAUAGAAAAGGGGAAUGAGGCAAAACAAGACAUCAUGAGCACCACAAAUCACAAAGAUACGCAGGUGUGGAAAUUAGACAUGAGCGACUAUAACAGCGUCAAAGCUUUUGCGAAGAGGGCCGAGUCUGAGCUGGACCGCAUCGACAUCUUCAUCGCCAACGCCGGCGUGGCACGUUCUGAAUAUCAGGUGCAGAAUGGCCACGAGCAAUGCAUUGAUGUCAACGUCAUUUCCACUAUAUUAUUGAUGGCCAACAUGAUGCCGAAGAUGAGUGAGACAGCGGCUCGCUUCAACACACGACCCACAUUUUCAGUGACGGGUUCAAGUACUUAUGCGCACACCACAUUUCCCCAGCGGUCCGCUCCGGACGGAGGCAUCCUGACCGCGUUGUCGGACCCAGAUACCUGCAAAAGAUACUGGGAUCAGCAGUAUCCCGUAUCUAAGCUCAUACAAUUGCUAUUGGUGCGCCAAAUUGCCGAUCAGCAUCCAGCAAGCGAGUUCCCUGUUACCAUCAAUAUUGCGAACCCCGGCCUAUGUUGGUCUGAAUUGGGACGCGAGGCCACUGGCUGGGGAUUUUAUCUUGUCAGGCUUGUUCUGGCGCGCAGCACCGAGGUGGGAAGCAGAACUGUGUUUCACGGAGGUGCAUCAGGCGCUGAGACACACGGGAAGUAUCUGAACGACUGUAAGAUUGAGGAGCCUACCGCACCAGUAACAGGUGCCGCGGGGAAAGAGGGGCAGGAACGCAUUUCUGCUGAGGUGUUGAGAGCGAUCGACGCCAUCCAGCCGGGUGUGUCGAAGAAUUUCCUGAUCAAAUAG